UAAUAUUUGGUACACAAAAAACUAUGGUAUUUACUGGAACAGUGUAACUUCUAAAAAACUAAAGAACAUUCCAAAUUUUUACAUUAUUUUCUAUAUUUCUUACUCGAUGACAUUACGUCAUUUUCUAAUUUGAUUUUGUAGAUUGUAUCUCAUGUCAAUUUAAACUUGUGGCAAUAUUCGCUUUUUCAACCAACUUUGGUGGUUUGUCAGUGCAUUUCCUCAUUUAUAGGCAUUGUUGUUAAAAGUGGGGAAAGGCACUUGGCACAAAACCAGUAAGAUUGGGAAUGCCAGGCUAAAAUGAAAUAAUCAAGCUAGAGGCUUAGACCUCAGCAAAUAUUUCACACAAAAAAAAUUAUUUAUUCAUUAUUACAACUUAUUUUGUAUUUUUCUUUUGUACAUCCACAAUAAAAAUAUAUUGAGAAGAAAAUUUCUUAUCAUAUUGAAUGAAACGGAUAUAGGUUUUGUGUAUUUUAACUUCAGUUGCAAGAAUUAUAUUUGUGAAUUUAACUCAAAAUCCCAGCAUGCUAAAUAACAUUUUUCAAGCCAACAAAUUUGAUUGUAUUGUUCCAACAGAAUUUAUAAUAGUAAAAUACUAUGGCAGAUGUUUUUUUCAUCUGACCUUGUACAAUGAGGUGUUUUAUAACAAUUUCUUUGGAAAAUCACAGGUACAAUAUGACGUGAGACCUUAGAUUGAAAUCACUACUAAUUGGAUUGGCAGAACCAAAAUGGAGAACACAGAAAGAAAAAACAUGCAAGAUGUUGUUCUCCAGGUCAGUUGUGCCAAAUUAGUGUUUUGUGGUUACACAUCUAAUUUUCUCUUUUUACAUCUUCCAUGAGGAGACUCGCCAAGAAUUUUACCUCAAGCACGCAGCAUGGCUGUAAAUGAGCUGCAAAGGAAAAUCACUUGUUUGGCCCUAAGCCAGUCUCAGCUACUCAGUUCCUACAGUUCUUUGUCAAAACUGAAUAAUAUCACAUGCAAAAGAAUCCAUACCACUGUACAGUGUAUGAAAUGUAAAGUUAAUGCUCCCAAGAAUGAAAAGAAGGAAAAGAAUGAAAAUAUUGGAAAAGUUGAAGAAGCGCAAAAAUCACCUAUAUGUGACCCAUCGAUGUGUUGCAGGCCAAGUUUGAAGGACAUUUUACCAGCCUGUUAUGCAAAUAAAAUCUGCUCUCUUGUAACUGCAAUAGUUUUUCCUUUUACCAUUGUGGCAUUACUAUUAGUUCUAGCAGAUGCUUUGUUCAACUACAUCGACUGUCUGGAAGAUAAUGUAUUAGACUCAGAAAAGCCAUGCUCGCCUCCCCGUCAAAUUAACUUGCUCAACAAAUCAGAGAAAUUUUCUCUUAAAGAAAUAUUUUAUAUGGCUCUUACAUUGGGAAUAAAAGUUGACAAAAAGAAACUUGAGAGGCCCAUUUGCCAACAAGUAGUAGAUGACAAAGACUGUGAGGAUAAUGCCAAUAGAAAGUCCGAAGGAACACAGUUAAAUAGAUUAAAUAAAAACCUGGAAAAAAUUGUAUAUUUCUGUUGGAAAAAAACUGAUAAAUUAGUAUGUCGGAGAGCUACAAAAGAGGAAGAAGAAAGGAUGGCAGUGUUAAAUAAAAAGCAGUGCAUAAAAACAAAAAUUUCUUCAUCACAAACAGAAAAUGAAAAAGAAAAUGAACAAAAGAAUUGUAAAGAAGAUGCCAACAAAGAAACAAAAGAAACUGACAAAAUAAAAACAGAAACAGCACCCAAACCAAAAGAUGAGAGAGGAGAGCCAGAAAUAAAAGAUCAAGAGGCCCAAAAAAAAACCAAAAUGGAAAAAGAUGUCGUUACUCUUAAAAUGAAAGAUAGCAGCUCUAGUAGCACUAAAAGUCCUAGUAGCUCUAGAAGCACUAGUGGCUCUAGUAGCUCCUUCCCUCAUGAGAAAGUAAGGGACGAUGCACUUCGGAGGGAAAUUAAAAAAAUCGAGGAAAAGGUUAUGACAGAUAGCGAUUUAGGAUUGCCUUUGGGGAUGGUUAAUAUAAUUGCUCUAAUAAUUAUCCUCCUUACAAUGAUGUUAUGACAUAAUAAAUAUAUCAGAGCUUAA